UCUAUGCGGAGCUCGCAGGUAGAACGAGAUAGACAACCCAACACAUGGGAAGGUAGAAGUGUCGGGUUACCUGAACUUGAGUUUUGUUUUGUCAGUGGGUUUGGUCAUUCAUAGCAGCUGCUUCUGAAUCUGUGUAUCGCGGAAACACAAAGCUGCACACCGGCAUUCUUUACUACAGCUUUGGGGUUUCAGCAGCAGGCAAAUCAGGCACCCUUCAAGCGGGAUUCGGUUACAGAGCCAAAGAAAGAAAAGGAGAGGGAGUGUGGAAGAGAGGGAAACAGAAUCACAACAGGUUUGCAUUUUGAGCCAGUUCAACAGAACAGUGAAAGCAAGAGGACGAAGGGCAAACAGGGGACUGGGAGUCUCGGUGGAGUCCCACCUCCAGCUUGGGAGGCCAGCGUUCCUGUUUUGUGUUUUGGAUUCAGGUCCUUUUCUAACUAACUACGAAAGAGAACUACAUCAUGUGGGCUGACCCAGUUAUACUUCUCUUGCUGGAGCUGGAGUAGUUCCUGCCAGUAGUUUAACUGGCAGCAGUCCACAACCGGCUCAAUAUGACUCAACAAAAUCAGACGUUCGCUCUGCUGCCUGAGGAUAGCUCCAAACCUUUGAAUCCAAGGCCAGCAGGUCCACGACCAGGCCAACGCAGAAAGCCCAUGAAGUCUCCAAAGCCUCAGAGAGAAAAGGGGUCAAAGAGGAAAACCGUGUUGCUCACUAUUUUGAUAGUUAUUGUGAUAGCGGGCAUCCUGUGCACAGCAGGAUAUUUUAUUAAGAGGCUGAUUGACAGCAAAUACUUUUUCUGCAAACGUUCGGUGAGGUUUAUCCCAAUAGACAAAGCCUGUGAUGGAAACAAUGACUGUACUGGAGGAGAGGAUGAAAUUACUUGUGUGUCGGAAUUUAAAGUCAACACUACACAUCCAGUGCGGCUCACUUCAGUUCAGCGGAUCCUGCAGGUAUACAGCCCCGGCCUAGGCUGGCGGAGUGUGUGCAGUGAUGACUGGACCCCACAGCACGCACAGACAGCUUGUAAACAACUGGGAUACACAAAUAAACCUUACAGCACAAGCGUCCAGGUGGUCAACAUAAUGUCCUCCUUGAAAUCUGGUCCAUUUGCAGCUGUCAGGGCCGGGACUGCUAGCACACCCACACAUCAGGCUACCACUGACCGCAAUGUGUGCAAAUCUGGAUCUGUGGUCUCUUUGACUUGCUCAGACUGUGGAGAGGUGGUCACUAAGGGCCGUAUUGUUGGGGGUACAGAUGCUGCCAUCGAGAACUGGCCCUGGCAAGUCAGCCUGCAGCAAGGUGGCCAGCAUACAUGUGGAGGUGCACUGGUAUCAGAUCGUUGGGUUGUCACUGCUGCCCACUGCUUUUCUGGUAGCAAGAAGGAGCUGAGUCGAUGGAGAGUGGUGUCAGGACAGACAUAUAUGAAGACUCUGGGGGGUUCCUAUGUGGAUAGGGUCAUACUGAAUGGAGACUACAAUCCAGCACGAAAUGACUACGACAUAGCACUUAUUAGGCUCAGCAGCCCAAUUACAGUCAGAGAGACCUCCAAGCCAGUUUGUCUACCUCCAAACGCCCUUGAUCUUGCUUCUGGAGCCUCUAUGGUUGUUACCGGCUGGGGAUACCAGGAGGAAGAUGGGGAUGUUUCCCCCACGCUGCAGAAGGCCCACAUCCCUCUGAUAGAUCGGAAAACAUGCUCCAGCCCUUCAGUCUACGGCAGCUCCAUAACAAAAAAAAUGCUGUGUGCUGGUUACCUGGAGGGGGGAGUGGAUGCCUGCCAGGGGGAUAGUGGAGGCCCUCUGGUCCACUUCUCCUCCUCUCGGUGGAAUCUGAUUGGAGUGGUGAGCUGGGGGGUUGGCUGUGCACGGGAGAACAGGCCUGGUGUCUACUGCAAAGUGGAAGAAAUGCUCAACUGGAUAAAUACAGUCAUUGAGAAAACCCCUUGAUGUCUUUCUGCCACCAAAAAAAAAUCCAGCCCAGGGAGUGUCAUCAACUGUGAAACUGUGAUGAGAAACAGGCUGAGAGGAAAGGGAAGUUGAAGAUGCUUCUCAACAGCAAAACAGACAAAAGGCCUAACAGCCACUCACGUGACGGUUGCAUGUGAAAACACACACAAACACGUAUUCCAUGUAAACUUAUUUCAGGGUUUUUUUGUGCCAUAUCUCAGGGGUAAAGUAUCGUUAUCAGUCACUGAGCAGUUUAAACAUUUAAAAAUGCUGUUCUUAGUUUUUAAUACACUGUCAUUUGACCCAGUCCCAGGUCAAUCAUUAACAGUUUUUAAAACAAGAAUCGUAUGAACUGACAACAGAGCAUUUGACCUGUGGUACUGGCAUAAUUAAAGCAAUAACUGCAUAAGCUGCUGUGAACAUAUUGGACUUUACCAUGGUGUCAGAUAUCAUGUGACUUAUUUGAUUACUGCUGUAUCUGCUAUGAUUUUAGGUGAGGGUUCUUAUACUAAACUGCUAUGUAAACAAAGGUGACAAACCUGUCUGUGAGUAGUGGAAAGCAUCGGGUUAAUAUCAACAAUUUUGUAAAACUGACAACGGCUCUCAAAAGUUAAAUUAAUUUAUGGUGCUAAUUUUAUUUGUUGGCCCAAGUGAGGGGAAAUUAAUCUCUUUAUAGCACAGAGGGUACACUUACAGUACUUACAGUACUUACUACCACAGAAUGAUUCACAUGAGCACUUUAAGUGGAAAUUGAAAAUUACUUGACUUUAAUAUACUGUAUAUGUACAGUAGAUGAUUCAAGUAACGUGUGUUGUAAUGCACUGAAUAUAUAAAAUUAUUUUGUAUUGUUGUAUGUUCAUGAACAGUUGUUUUUUCAACAUUCUCACACCUUAUGCCUAAUUGAAAGUGCUGGUCACUGACUUUUUGCCUUCACCCCUAU